CGUACGCAUCAUGUGAUUUGCUCUUUGCUGGAACUCAGUUUCAUUAGCUAUGUCCAAAUAAUUGAAUCGAUCAUUUUGAUUGGACUGUUUUCGGAGAAGCUCGCGUUUUUAUUUUAUCCACCGCGGUGGACACUACAAGAUGCAGAACGUCAUAAACACAGUGAAAGGCACGGCUCUCGGUGUGGCGGAGUUUCUCACACCAGUGUUGAAGGAAUCGAAAUUCAAAGAGACUGGAGUCAUUACACCAGAAGAGUUUGUAGCAGCUGGAGAUCAUUUGGUUCACCAUUGCCCCACAUGGAAAUGGGCCAGUGGGGAGGAAGUCAAGGUGAAGCCCUACUUGCCCCAGGAUAAACAGUUUCUCCUAACACGCAAUGUUCCCUGUUACAAGCGCUGUAAACAGAUGGAGUAUUCCGAUGAGCUGGAAGCCAUCAUAGAGGAGGAUGAUGGAGAUGGAGGCUGGGUGGACACUUACCACAACUCAGGCGUGUUAGGAGCCACAGAUGCUGUACGAGAAAUUUCACUGGACAAUAGUAAGGACAAGAAUAUGAAUGCCACGUCUGCGGCAUGUUGUGAUAAUGAGGAUGAUGAAGAGGAUGAUGAAGAUGGAGAAGCAGCAGAUAUGGAAGAAUACGAGGAAAGUGGCCUGCUGGAAACAGACGAGGCGACCCUGGACACCAGUAAAAUGGUAGAAACUAAAGCCAAAGCAGAGCCCGGGAGUGAAGAUGCCAUCCUUCAGACUAGAACAUAUGACCUGUACAUCACAUAUGAUAAAUACUACCAGACCCCUCGACUCUGGCUGUUCGGAUAUGAUGAAGACAGGCAACCGCUGACUGUGGAGCAGAUGUACGAGGACAUCAGCCAGGACCACGUGAAAAAGACGGUGACCAUCGAGAACCACCCCCACCUUCCUCCACCUGCCAUGUGCUCUGUCCAUCCCUGCAGACAUGCUGAAGUGAUGAAAAAGAUCAUUGAGACCGUGGCUGAAGGGGGAGGAGAGCUGGGCGUGCAUAUGUAUCUUCUGAUUUUCCUCAAGUUCGUUCAGGCCGUCAUCCCCACAAUAGAAUACGACUACACGAGACACUUCACCAUGUAACUCCGUCAGCGUACGGCUUCUGCCAAUGCCACACCUGCAACACGGGAAGGAUGUGAGAUCAAGUCUGGUCUGCUCUGAUUACAGUCUGUUUACGGAGUGUUUGCGUUACUCUGAGACACUUUGCGUGGGUGCAGGACAUGGGGAAUGUUCAAGAAAUACGAUGAAGCAGUCUGAGGUUUUGGGAAACUGGCUUGUUUUUCUGUGAAACCCAGAAUCAGAUAAGGAGAUCAACGUAAGUUAAAUCAGAUGGAUGUGUUUUGUCGUGUUUUCAGGUUGUAAAUUUUUAUUUAACUUGUAGAAAAAUGGAAAUGUAACAACAACACACUUGGAUAUAUUUUUAAGUAGCUUGCUAGUUGUUGAAUGACAAAGCUAACUAUGCUAACUACAUCCUGGAUAUAUAUCUGUACUCGACACACACAGAUGAAACUGAUAUCUAUCCUCCUCAUCUGACUCUGGGGAAGACUGCAGACAAGUCCCGCAUCCCAAAAGCUGGACUGCACCUCUGAUGUUUCUCUACAGGUUUUAUGUCGUGACCACAAUGUGGUGAACUCUCACUCUCAGUUCUUGUAAAGAAGAUUAUAAAACUCACCCCAUUCCACAGUGCUUCUCUGCCGUUUCAGAACAUGAAUUAUCCCUGGUUGCGCAAAGUGUCGGUUCCUUGAGUUUGCAGGAAUUAGAUGGGGCUCUGGAAAACAGCGUGUUUCACGUGCACACAUAGAAAACAGUUAUCUUUAAUUGAUGCCCUGCCUUCAAUAUGAGAAACACAGAACUUAAAGCUGCAUUAAGUGUUUUUUUUUUUAUGUUAGCAGACAGUUGCCUGCGAGCGUUAAUUUCCAUGUGUCCAAAUGAUGAAUGUAAGUCCAAUACUCACUUUCCUUUUUAGCUCUGGUUUUGUCUCCACCAACUCUUCAGCUGCUAAAUGCUCCACCACGUUCAUCAGCUGGUCUCUAUCCGUGUCUGUCUGCUGUUUGCUGCUGAGCAGGUAGUUUGCAGUGGGUCUUAUCUGGGAAAAAAAAAAAAAAAAAGAUACUGUGAGAGCAAUGAAACUGCACUGUCUUUAGUCAUCUGUUUCUACACAUCAGAUUCCUGUACAACUACAAGUAAUAUUUAAAAAAAAAAAAAAUUCAAAUCUCGUGGAUUGUGGAA